AAAUCUGAAACCCCAACACAACACUCCAACCUUAACACAUUGUUUUCUCCCCUGUCGGCCCCUACAAGACUCACAAUCUCACACUUUCUCAACCACCAUCCAUAUUCAUGGCUUCCACCGUCCUCUCUCUCCUCCCCCUCCUCCUCUCUCUCCUCCCCUUCACCUCCACCUCCACCGCCACAUUCCGCCCACACCUCACCACCACCACCACCACCACCACCCCUCACCACACACCACCCACCACUUACUUUGAAGUAACCAAACCAAUUCAACUCCCAAACACAAAACCAUGUUCAACCCAUGUUCUAACUCAUGAUUUCGGCUACACCUACGGCCGCCCUCCGGUUUUGGCCCAAUACACACCUCCAUCAAACUGCCCAUCAAGUAACUUUGACAAGAUUGUUCUUGAAUGGGCUGCUACUUGUAAAGGCAGACAAUUUGACAGGAUUUUCGGGGUUUGGCUCGGUGGAGUCGAGCUGCUGCGAAGCUGCACCGCUGAGCCCAGACCCACCGGGAUCGAAUGGACAGUGAAGAAAGACAUUACUAGGUAUUACUCUUUACUUAGGACUAAUCAAACACUUGCUGUUUAUUUGGGGAAUCUUGUUGAUAGUACUUAUACUGGUGUGUACCAUGUUAAUGUUAGUAUUCAUUUUUACCCUGUUGAGGUUAAGAAAAUGAGGAAGUUACCGGUUAAUUCGAAUGGUUUGCGUGAUCAAUGGGCUGAUUUGAUCAUACCCAUUUCGAGAAACUUACCGUUAAACGAUGGGUUGUGGUUCAAAGUCGAGAAUUCGACGGAUGUGGAGUCGAAACAGUUUGUGAUUCCCCAAAAUGCAUAUAAAGCUGUUCUUGAAGUAUACGUUUCGUUUCAUGAAAAUGAUGAGUUUUGGCCCACUAAUGUUCCGAAUGAUUAUAUUUUGGAGAAUAAUUUGACUGGUUUCGCGGGUAAUGGGCCGUUUAGGGAGGUUGUGGUGAGUUUAGAUGGUGGUGUAGUUGGUGCAAUUUGGCCUUUUACGGUAGUGUAUACAGGUGGUGUUAACCCAUUGUUGUGGAGACCGAUUACUGGCAUUGGAUCGUUUGAUCUUCCUACGUAUGAUAUCGAGAUAACCCCGUUUUUAGGAACAAUUUUAAACAGGAAACCCCAUGAGUUUGGUUUUAGCGUCACAAACGCGUUAAAUGUUUGGUACAUUGAUGCAAAUUUACAUGUAUGGUUAGAUAAAAAGAGUGACAAGACAAAUGGAAAGAUAUUGACACAAAAUGUUUCACCUCUUCAUGUUUCUUUGGUCUCUAACUACACGGGUUUGAAUGGAACAUUCAUUAAGAAGGUCACGCGGUCAAUAAAGUCAACCGGGUGGGUACAAUCUUCUUAUGGUAAGAUAGUAACCGAAUCAACUCAAGAGUUUAACUACAGUAAUAUUAUGGUGAUGGCAAACGACGGAGGUUUACAAAUUGUUGAUCAAAUAAUCGAGUUUAACGACAGCGUGUCUACCAAGAAGGCGUCUUCUGUUCACUUAAAACAAUCUUUAAAAUCGUUUUCGUUUUACAUAAACUCGGAUACAGAGGACAAAGGAAAUGGAAGUUUUGCUCAGCUGGCGGAUAUUACUUUGGGUUUUAACGAGAAAAAGAUCGUUAAUUCGGGUUCUAAUUCAUCAUCAAGUGUGCUUGAAAACAUACAAAAGGGUCAGGGAUCAAUGCUUGUGAAGGGAAAUUUGGUGGUGAGUGGAUUGGGGAGUACACAACAGAUGUAUAAUUAUGGUGACAAUAAGUUCUGCUAUUUUAGGGACAUAAGCAGCUCGAAUUACACGAUUAUUUACGACAAAGAAGGCCAUACGUGCGGUUAAAGUAACAAUUUAAGAUUCAAUUCAUCUAUUUUGUGAUGAGUAAGUAGUAAACACUUGCCUUUCCCUGCCCAAGAUCAUCACACAAUUUAAACGGUCUCAGUGUUUUCCAUCUUUAGGUGUUUUAUGGAAGGUUUUAACCGAGUUUAUCAUCUAUCCUUGUUAUUAUUACUCUCAUUAUUUGAUUUAGCGUUUAUCUUUACGUUCAUUUAGUUGAUUAGCUUUAUCACCAUCUUUGUCAUUCUAACAGCUCUAUAUACAGAGAUCUGGUUUCCGGUUAUUCAACGCAGACAAAUAUUAUUUACCAUUCCA